AUGUCUUAUUAUAUCUUAACAUUUAGAAUGUGUCUUAAGAAUAUUGCCAAAGUUGUGGGAUUUACUAAACUUGUUCAUAAGCAACUUCCAGUGGAGAUAAGAGAACACAUAUGUGUAAAGAAAGCAUUAGAUUCCAAAAAUAGGAAUAUUUUUGAUUUUAUGCUUUAUCCUCCUAAUGAUGAAGUGCCAGUUAUAGAUAGCCUGAUCUUAGAAAUCCCAAAAGAAUUAGUGAAAAAUAGUAAAGCAGAUAAUGGGACCAUUGGAGCUAAAGUCGAUUAUGUAGAAAAACUACUCAAUAUAAUGAAUAUCAAAGGUUUUGAUGUUUUAUAUCCAACUUCUGUAUAUAUAUUUACUUUAAGAUGUAUAACAGAAUCAUAUUGCCCUCUAUAUCAAGAUAUACCUAAAGGUAUAAAAAAACCUUCAUUAAAACUUAUCAUUAAUAAGAAUAUUAAAAAUCAGGAAAAAACUUCACCACCACUCUAA